AUGCCACCUCCUGUCGGCAGAUACGGCAUGGGCGCCGCCCCCUUCGCUCAUUUGCAACAGGCCCAUCUCCAGCAGCAGCAACAGCCCCAGCAUCAUCCCCAUGCCCAGUCGGCCAACACAGCUCUUCCGCCGCCCUCGCUUGGCGGCCAUCCCGGCUUCGCCGCCAGCACCAACACCAACAUGAACCCCUUCACGUUAUCCGGCACGGGGAUCGCGAAUGGCAUGUCGGUCGCUGCGUUUGGCGGCGACGGUGGAGGCACGGGCCUUGCCAGUCAUGCCGCGCAGAUGGGGUUCGCGAGAGGGGCACAGAUGCAGCAACAGCAGUUACAUCAGGCCCACGACGGCCGACUAGCCCUCGAGACCAAAGCCGGUGGCGUCAAAACGCGGAUACGAGACGUAUGGAAGCAUAAUCUGGCUCAGGAAAUGGCGAUCCUCAGACAACUGGUGGAGAAGUAUCCCUACAUCAGCAUGGACACCGAGUUUCCCGGCAUCGUCGCUCGUCCCAUUGGCGCCUUUACGAAUAAAGCGGACUACCACUACCAAACCCUUCGAUGUAACGUCGACCUGUUGAAGAUGAUCCAGCUGGGAAUCACCCUUUUCUCUUCCGAAGGAGAAGUUCCUCCCCCCAAUGCCACCGAUGCGAAUGGACAGCCGCUCGGAAACGGUCUGGUACCUGCGCCCUGCACCUGGCAGUUCAACUUCCGGUUUUCGUUGGAGGAUGACAUGUACGCCCAAGAAUCAACGGCGAUGUUGGCGAAGGCCGGUAUCGAUUUCGCCAUGCACGACAAGAAUGGAAUCGAUCCCUUUGAAUUUGGCGCCCUGUUGAUCAGCUCGGGCCUCGUCCUCCUCGAUGACGUCCACUGGGUUUCGUUCCACUCCGGCUACGAUUUCGGCUACUUGAUGAAGAUUAUGCUCUGCAAACCUCUCCCGGAGAACGAAGAGGAAUUUCACAGGCUUCUCAACAUCUUCUUCCCGUCAUUAUACGAUAUUAAAUACCUGAUGAAGCAUGCGGGUCGCAAUCAAGCCGUAAACGACUCGCCUCUGACACCAGCUGCUGCACAGAUCCUGGCUAACCUCGGACAGAAGUCGGGAUUGCAAGAUAUUGCGGACGAGCUGGGCGUCAAGCGUGUCGGGAUUGCUCAUCAGGCCGGGUCGGACUCGCUCGUCACGGGCGAGAUCUACUGGAAGAUGCGCCAGUUGGUCUUCAACGGAAACAUCGACGAAGCGAAAUACUCCGGUCAGAUCUGGGGGCUGAACGGCCAAAUGCCAGCGCUGCUGUAUUCUAUGCAGCCCCAUCAGACCCCCAAUCUCAACGGGGCUACCAUCUAUUCGGCCACUGGCACCCCCAGUACGCCCAAUGCUGUUCAUUCUGUCACGGGCAGCCACACACCCCAGCAUGCACUGACACCCGGUGCCACCGGCGGGGUGUUGGGACAGUUCCAGAUGGCAAAGUCAUAG